AUUUGGAAAAGCUGCUCACCGCCCGAGAGGCAACCAUAGCCGAGAAACACAUGGGGCGAGAACAACCUGAUCCAGCGGAGCCAGUGAACGGAUCAACACCGGGAAAGGGAACAGAGACACAGAGAGGCAAAGCAUGAGAUAUGCAGGGAGCCGCUAUCGACAGACGCCUCGAUAAGACAGAUUCAGUUUGCAGUGAAGUAAAUCGCGCUGGGAUGAGAAUAAUCUGACUUUUGCAGCUGAGCGUUCAGAGAAUUACGCACGAAGCGCUAUUCCAAGGUGACCAACUUUUACGCACGGACCUCUGGAGUUGUGGGGUUUUACUUAUGACCAGAAUGCUGCAUUAUUUUUACAUUUAACUGUGGUUUUUUGGAAGUGGAGCUCGUUUUCUGAUCCUUUUCAACUGGAAUUCUGACAGGAAAGCGGGCGCAUCGAGCACCUUGUCACACGUUAACGAGUUUUUUUUUUUUAAAUCACACAUUUGGAAACAUUUUUGGAAUCACAGCGGUGGCUCACUGGGACUCACUCUUACACUGCAGACUAAUAUAAUGGGAGUUGGGUUGCUGUAGCCUUCGUCAAUCAUAUCACCCUGCAUUACGCACCUGUCCCACAGCACCCUCGACGUCUGCGUUUGAGAGUUUUCAAAACAGUAUGGACAGAGUCAGACGUCUAGCCUGCGUGUGAGUCACCGUGAGCAAACAUUUGGACAAGCGGCGCUUAUAGGCAGUGACACAUUUGGGGAUAUAACAGUGCGUGCCUUGCACAAGCACAAGACACCGGGACAAGGCUCGGUGCAGCCGGGGGAUUGGACGCCGAGGUGCUAAAUGCCCAGCCGGUCGCUUGCGGCUCCUCAGGCUGGGCGGCAACAUGAGGUCCUGGGUCCUGCUGCUGCUGCUGGCUGCGCUCUCAGCGGCCCGUCUGCGGCUCGGCAGCGCUGAGGGUGAUCCUCUCCCUCCGUCGCUGGUCGACCUGGUGAGGGACUCUCCCAUCUCCUCCAUGGAUGACCUGAAGCUCCUCCUGCAGCAGGAGACCAAUGCAAUAGAAGAGGAAGAAGAUGAGCAUGAUAUUCUCACAAACCACACCCACGGCCGAUACACUAGAAGUCUUGUGGAUGCUCAGCCCGCCCAGCAGGCGGCCUGUAAAGUUCGGACAGAGGUGAUGGAGGUGACGAGGUCCAUGCUGGACCGCCGCAACGCCAACUUCAUGCUCUGGCCACCAUGCGUGGAGGUGCAGAGAUGUUCGGGCUGCUGCAACACAAGGCUCCUGCAGUGCGUCCCCACCGUCACCUCCAGCAGAUACCUGCAGGUGAUAAAGAUCCAGUACAUUAACAGGAAAGCCCACUACGAUAAAGCCAUAAUCUCAGUGGAGGAUCACGUCAGCUGCAGAUGCCAGCCGACAACAUCUUCCUCGUCCUCUUCAUCAUCUUCCUCCUCGUCCCUCCCUAUCACUCGCUCCUCCGUUCAGAGCAACCCCAACCCCCCUCCACCUCCACCACAGCAGCCUCCCCCAUCCUCCCACCUUCCCCUGCCCCUUCCCCGAACUGUUCACUCCGCUUCAUCCAAGACCCACGCCUCCAAGGCUGACCUCCAUCGCCAUGAUGACCUGAAGCACAACCAGCAGCACUACCAUCCUGAGGAGCGUGAGCCGGUGGCAAGGCAGUGGCAGCAGGGCAGCUACACCCAGCUGGUGCACUGGACACAGCCCAGGGUGCACCAGACGCCCACGCACAUGCAGUCAGGGGUGCACCAGCCGGUCAUUGGGGUGCUUGGUUCUGUCAGCAGCUGGCCGUCUGAGGCAAGGGCGGAGCAUAGUAUCAUGGGAAGUACACAGCAGGUUGGGCACGGGAGCGGGUAUGACGGGAGCAGGGAGGAAGGCAGCGUGCAUGCAGCAAACGGUGGUGGUGAAGCGCAUCAUCGUGAUCAUGCACAGAGGCAGCAACAGGUGUUACAGCAUCAGCAGAGACAGCAGUAUCAGCAGUAUCACCACCAGCCGCAUUACCCGCAGCAGCACAACCACAGAGGAGCAGAGGACCAAGAGCUGAGGGCGCAAUAUCGACUCAAUGCUCCCCAAUCAGACAGCGCCUUCCCACCUGUCAGCCCAACCCAGCCGUCGCAAUUAGAACAAAACCCCACCCCUCCUCUAACUACGACUCAGAAAGACUCAGUGACCAGCCAAAAGAAUACAGAGGUCACAAAUCACAAACAGACUGAGACUGAAAGAGUCAGUCAGAAAGAAGGGCACAGGAGGGAGGACGGUUGGUCAGCCAAUAGCGGGGACUCGGCUGGUGCAGAGCUGGCCAAUCAGGGGAAGGAAAAAGACUCUAAGCUGACCAGAGGAGAUGGUCAUUUAACAGAGGAGGAGAGGAAACAGAAACUUCUGGAGAUGGUACAGAGGGAACCGGAUAAACAGACUCAUCUUCAUCCGCAUCAUCCACAGCAAAGACCAAAGCCGACUGCAUUUACAACAGCCGUCCAUACUGCGGCUCCCAUCUUACCCUCUGCACGUCAGGCCCCGUUCCGUCCGGCCUCGCCUCGUCGCAGGAGGAAACACCGCAAGCGCAUCAGCAAAGCAGCCAUCAGAGCCAUGAUCAUGUAGAGCUGCAGGUAAUUGGUAAAGUUAACCAAAAGCUUUUGGCCAGACACAUUGCUCCAAAGGCAUACAGAGAGAGACGAGGAACAUGGGAUUCUUGAAUGUGGGACAGCUGACAAAUGCCGAGGGGUCAACAGAGCUGAUGGACACUGCUUCUGUUUUCGAUGGACAACUUCAGAGAAAGUCACCUUUCCCGCUCCAGAGCUGCCGCAGAGCGUCCAGCUUCAUGGAUUUGAUAAAAGUGCAAUCUUAUGAACUCCUUGGACUGGAAGAUAUUUGUCACACUAAACACUGGAUUUAAUUUGUAUGAACCGCAAAUCCCAUUAACGUGGAUCGAUGGAAGCUUAUCAGAUGCCCAAAGCUAGACUGGUGGUCUGUUCUUGCAGUUGGCAGCCAUUGAUUGGCUACUUUAACACUUUUGACUUCUACUGAUCGGUGAACAUGACUAUGACUUGGACUAAUAAGUCAGUAUUUUGGAGCUAAAGAUGGAGCACAAGUUGAAACUGGAGACGUGGAGAACUGGAUUUCUACACUGGGAUGAUAACUGGAAACUGGAUAGUGCGGCUCAGGCCUCAAUGCCAAAUGUUAGUGUUAACUUACAUUGUCUGAAUCUAACUUUAUCUAACACUGGAGUAGCCAUACACUGAUCAUACUACACUGACUUUAGAGAAGUGCUCUGCCGUGUACUGUAGCUUGAUGUACUGGAAAAUAUCGAUAACCUGCUCAAUUUCUAUUACUGCCAGAUCAAAAUGGAAUAACAACCAAAUGCCUGUCUAGAUAACAUGCUAUGAAUAUCCACAUUAAAGCAAGUCUUAAAGACCUGGCUUUUAGAGAUUGCUGUGAGCCAGUUAUAGCCAACACUGUAUGUAUAAAUGCUUUUAGAAAAUGAUAUCUGGGGGAAAAAAGAAAAAACUUUAUUUCUUAACUUAUUUAAAAAAAAAAGGAGGAUAUGAAGUCCUCCCGUUCUCAAGUGUAAUUAUUGUUGCAAACAUGUUUCAGAUUAUAAUUAUUGGUUGUACAACUGUUACUGUUAUGAAUGUUAUUUUUAAUAUAAAAUAAAAAUG